ACUAGAUCCAAGUGUCAUCCAACUAGUCACCGUAAGCUUGGAGUUUUCGAUGCAUAUGUACAUCGUACUCUCGUAUGAGCAAAGCAUUCUGGAAGUUGUAGUCCUGCGGUUUGUUUUUAUAGCGGCCUACGCUGGGUCUCACAUCUAUAAAAUCUGAACCGUCACCGCUGAUGAACAUGAUGGACAAACACAAGAGGCAAAUGGCAGAGCAGUUCUUGAAUCAUGCUCUGGGGAUAAUCUACCUGCUGACCGGAGAGGAAUACACCAUAGUGAAGAAGAAUUCCUCCCAUAGCAAGAUUCACCGGUUAACAGGAGAGGACCCUAUAAAGUGUGAUGUUGCUGCUAUGUAUUUCUCUAUGAAGGAGUGGGAUUAUAUAGAGGGGCAGAGUGAGCUUUACAGUGACGUCAUGAGGGAGAACCGCCCGCCACUCCGUACAUUAGACAUCCCAGAGCACGAGAGCUCAGAGGUGACGGAUCAGUGUUGUGAAAGUCUGCACACAGAGGACGACGAAAUAUGCGAAAUUCCACAAGUGGAGACAGAUGUCUGUUCAGGUGAAAAUAACACUGUAUUAAGCACUGACCAAUCAGAUGACCCGUGUGUAAGUAGUCAGCUGGAAUCUACAGAGCAUCAAAUCUCCGGCAAUAUCCGGACAGAGUUCCAGAAUAAAAAUCUAUAUAAUGUAUUAGUUAAGGAAGAAAGUGAGGAUACUGCGCAGAUAGAAACUGACUCAGAUCCCAGUGCAGAGUUCCAGGAUAAAAAUCUAUAUACUGUUUUAGUUAAGGAGGAAAGUGAUACUCAGCGGAUGGAAAACCACCCAGAACCCCGUGCAUCCGUAUCAACUCACCAGGUUGUUAAAGAAAACUCCCACACAGUAUCCUGCUCAUCGGUGGAGCUUAACGAAGAGGAUCACAGUCUGUCUAUGAACAUUGACGACUCUGAAAUAAACACCUUUAAAAUAUCAGAAUUCCAUGACUAUGAAUUCCACACCUCUAAUGUAACGUCCUAUCAAUAUCCUCAGACAUCCAGUAAUCUAAAUGGGAUGUUUGCCAAUGACUAUAGUGAUAGACUAUGCGGAACCAGGAUAUUUAAUAAGAUGGCAUUUAAUGAACAUGAAGGAUCUUUUGUGGAACCUGGAACACGUGGUACAAAAAAGAGACAAUUUAUUUCCCGUAAAGGACCAAAAUCACACGUUUGCUAUGAAUGUAAAAAAGUUUUUCCCAAAAGGUCCAUAUUGAUUAUACACCAGAGAACACAUACAGGAGAAAAGCCGUUUAUCUGUAAAGUCUGUGGCAAAGGCUUUCCUGAUAGAUCAAGUGUGAAUAGACACCACAGGAAACAUACAGGAGAGAGGCCAUAUAUUUGCUUGACAUGUGGGAAAAGCUUCUAUGAAAGGUCGUAUCUGAUUAGACACCAACUAACGCACACAAAAGAGAAGUAGUAUUUGUGCUAUGUCUAAAUGAACCCUUAAUAAUUUAUGCUCAGUGGCACCAGGUUUGCCAUGAACGGGGGAAUGAAUAAGAUAGUGAAGCUUGUCUGGUGAACCAUCUGGAGCCCUAUAUUAGAAAGAAGCUAUCUAUUUGCCCUAACUAUAAGAAAUGCUUGACAAACUCAGGACUGGCUGGAGAUAUUGUGCUGCCUGUGUCCAAGAAUGCAAUGAUGCCCCCCCCCAAGUAGUAACAUUACUGAUUAGCAUAUCAACUUACUAGCAUGGCUGGUGACCUUACUAAGCCUGCCUACCUGCCCCUUGUUAAGUGCUGCCUGAGUCCAUUGGACCCACUUGGUCAAAUGGUUGAGCCGGCCCUGAACCAACUCAAAAAUAGUAUUGCGGCAACUUAAAGUGAUGGUAAAUCCUAGCAUUUGUGAAACACUAAGAUUUAUCAGUAGGACAAAUAAAGGGGACUUUCAGUCAUGAAGUAAAAAAUACUUCAUGCUGAAAGUUCCUUUAUUUGUUUGAAGCGUUCGCCGCACUAGGCUCCUCAGGCCGCCCACGGCAGAACGCUAUUUUGCUGUGAGGUGACUUUAUACACAU